AUGGUGUGCAAAAUAGCGCCUACGGAAACACCGUCCCGUACGGGAGAACGGGAGCAAGAGAUUGCUGACUAUGAGACAGCUUUGGACGCGGCCGGCUAUGGCCGCUUUAGCCGCAGCGUGCUCUGUGCAUGUGCGCUUGCAUUUUUUACAACGGGCGUGGAGAACUGCGUGAUGUCAUACGUGCUACCAGCGGCACGCUGUGAACUUCAGCUGACCACAUACCAGGCUGGCUUGAUCAAUAUGGCGUUUAUGAGUGGUGGUGUAGCGAGUGCAUUCUUCUGGGGUAUUGUGGGUGAUGUCUUCGGGAGGAAAAACAUACUUAGUCUGACUCUGCUAGUGGAUUCCACGAUAUUGCUGGCCCAGAGCACCGUGUCAGAUUAUCGCCUGUUGCUAGCAGCUAGGACUCUCAACGGGUUUCUAAUUGGUGCUCCAUCAACAUUGGUUUUCACAUAUCUCUCUGAUUUGGUCGGAGCAAAACGAAGGCAAUUCUAUCUUGACGUGACCGGAAUGAGCUUCGUGGCAGCUUGGCUCAUAUUACCAGCGAUCGCGUGGUUGGUUAUACCGUUUAAGCUACCUGGUUACACCACGUUACUGCCCAUUUAUUCCUGGCGACUGUAUCUCGCGUUAGGCAGUAUACCCGGCUUCCUAUCGGGUAUAUGGCUCAUGUUUCUGCCAGAAAGUCCAAGACUGAUGUCCGAUACAAAUAGAAGUGACAGGGCGCUGAAGAUUAUUGCCUACAUAAAUAAAUGUAACAAUGGGUCAAAGUCAGAGUUUAAAAUAAAGAAGCUCAUACAAGAAAACAUAUUCAUGUCAAAAACUAUAAACGGAGACCAGAGUAGGACGAAAGCGCUGUUCAUCGGUGUUUUGAAGGACCUUAGGAUGCUCGUCUCUAAGUCGUAUGCUGUAAAAUCCAGCCUCCUUCUCUUCGUUUUCUUUGCAAAUAUGGCCGCUGGUUUUGGUCUUAACUUCUGGAUCCCAGAACUUCUCCUCCGGACGCAAGGGAAACCUUGUACAGCGAAUAUAUCUCUUCCUUUACCAGAAAACGCAAUGCUCUUCAAUGCAAGUAACGUCGCGUGGAAGGAUAUAGCCAAGACUUACAACAAUUUCUCCACUCCAAAAUACAAUGCCAGUGUUUAUAUGCACGAAGAGAUAUGUAAUGAAACUAUUAACGAUUCGGUAUUCACAUCGGGCCUGAUAGUGGGCGCGUGCUGCGUGCUCGGCAACGCGGCGUGCGCGCUGGUGUCGGCGCGCGGCGGCGCGGGCGUGCGGCGCGCGGCGGCGCUGUGCGCGGGCGCGUGCGCGCUGGCGAGCGGCUGCCUCGCCGCCGCCGUGUGCGCCUGCGCCGCGCCCGCGCCGCUGGCCGUGGCCGCCGCCGCCGCACUCAACGCCGCGUCGCUCAACGGGAACGUGCUGCUCAUACGGCUGCUCUUGCACGCUCUGCCGCCCAAGUUGGGGGGUCUUGGUGUGUGUUGGGGUGCUUGGUGGGGUCGCGCUGGGGGGGUGGCUUCAAACCUAGCAGUGGGAGUCUUACUGGACUACUCAUGUCCGGCACCAUUCGUAUCCGUCGCUGCUUUAUUAGCACUAUCCAUCGGAGCCAUCAUGAUGAUAAAGUUAGAAGAAGCUAAAGUGAUAGACGAGGUAAAGACUGAUAGUGAUAUCGUUGAGAAGAACGUGGGUCUGGAUAGAUACAUAUCAACACACAUGUAA